AUGGGGGAAUUAUCGCGGCCGCUACAGACGGACAGUCUGACCACUGCGCAAUUUAUACGCCGAGGCGGGGUGGCGGACGCUAUUCGGCCUGAGAUGUUCGUGAGCGCAAUUGAACUGCAGGUCGGUUCCUACCUCCUCGGGAGGAGCUCCGGCUCCCAUAACAUCGACCCGCGUCGACGUUCGUGUUCGCUCGCUCGCUCGCUCGUUCCGCCCGCGUCCAUUUCCCAAUCUAUUCUCGUAGCGGUGCACGGAAACGCGGACACU